UUGAGGCUUUGGUUGGAGUUGAUGAGUGCAAAAUGACGAAGAUGCUGCACGUACUCAAGGCCAAUGGAUGCCUACCCAAACGAAUACCCAGUUUCAUCUGCCAUGGACGUUGCAGUAGCUACAUACAGGUAUCUGGCUCCAGAAUGUGGCAAAUGGAGAGAAGCUGCAUGUGCUGUCAGGAGAGCGGUGAGCGCGAAGCAACUGUUUCUCUCUUCUGUCCCAACGAAAAACGGAAGUUUCGCAAAGUGACAACUAAGGCACCGCUGGAAUGCAUGUGUCGUCCAUGCACGGGCAUCGAAGAGUACUCGAUUAUACCUCAGGAGAUCGCCGGCUUUGCUGAAGAAGGACCAUUGACCACAUCAGCACAUUUCAGAAGAUCCUCUGCCCUUUAAUAAACCCAAGUCGACUAGACAUUCCAUGUUGAAUACCACGAGAUGCAAUUAUUAAAUAAAUGAAUAAUUGAUACAAAGGACUUGAGAAUUUUUAAAGCGCAGAUGCUACGUCAGUUUGACGAAAUUCCAAGACAAUUCAAAAAUGUAUAAUCCUAUAGUUACUGACAUAAACUCGAAUUGAAAGAAAUUAGUUGAAAUGAAUUUGUACCAAGCGAAUAAAAACUGUUCGAAAAAAUCGGCCGAUUCCAGGGUUUCCCAGGCUUUCACGAGCUUUUAUGAAAUAUGAGCCCAUCGCCAUGUAACUAAAUAAUUCUAAUUGUUACAUACAAACACAGGAAUCCAUUCCCCCUUCAGGACAUGUCCCGAGCCAAGAAAAUCAAAGGAACUCUAUUGCAUAUAUAUUCAUUCAUUUUCUUACAGAUAAAUAGAAAAAAAAGCUGUGGGAAAAUACAUAACGUAUUUUCAGAUGGUAUUAACUCUUGGAGCUUUAGAAAUUGACACAAAUUACCCAUUCAACACUACCCAUUCGUUCAUCAAAUAUUACAUCAUCACCUUCAUUUUUUUUUUCUUACUAUAUUGCUAUUUUUAUUUACAGUAUCCCAAAAUCAUCUUUUCACAAUUAUUUAUCAUUGCUGACACAGACAAACCUUUCUAUCAAACAUUUUCACUCUACCCCUUAAUUAAUUAAAUGUAAUUUUUAUUCUAUAUGACCGUUCAACAAUUUCAUCACUCUCCUGUGAAUUAUACUAGCAUUUAUAAUAUAUUUAAUUAUUUAUUUCUGUAUUACCUAAUUCGUGCACCACUUCAACAGGGAUGUUGGUACAAUUACCCGCAAAAUAACGAAGGAGCAUUUGUAUGUAACGUCUUUCAAAAUCAAACGAUAAAAAUAAAUAAAAAGUACUCGCAUGGAUAUUGAAAUAUUCAACCUGAAAAAAGUUAUGAUUCCCUGAUUGAUUCAACUUCUCCAUUCUUGAUGCUUUUCAUUGGAAAAAAAUAACGUCAAUGACGUCGGGAUAGGAAGCAAAAAUUAAAUUCAAUUCACACCAUCGUUCGCUCAAUUAUUCUUUAAUAAUUUUUUUUUAUGUUCGUAGAUUAGUGGAGUGUAAAAAAUGAACAUACAAUGUUCAGCCGCUCGCAUCUCUCCAGGGUCAUUUUUCGUUUUUUUUUUUGGAUUUAUAUAGUUUUACACUCCAAUGAAAAAUUACAGAGGUAAAAAUGACCCGAGACACGAACUUUGCGAACCCUUGCAGCGAUGUUUUAUUCAUUUAAUUCUUCAAAAUUGUGUAUCGCUUAUUUGGAUUUUCAUACAUUUUUUUUUUUCAUCCAUUUAGUUAGUAAUAAUUACAGUAUCGCGAUUCCAUCCAGUGAAUCCAUAGACUUGCAAAACGUGGGGGCGCGACUCCGUUUAUUUACAUGCAAAAUAAAGGAUGAUUAUUCAUAUACCUGGGGAUGUUUCAUCGAUUUCCCACGAUAUUUCAAUUUCAAUUGAAAUCUUUCCACCUGUACGCUGAUUUGAAAGCUACAGGGCAAAUUGAACGAAAAGAAUCUAAUAAUUUUCACUAAUUACAGUAUUUCCAUGCAAGUGAAUUUUACCAUAACGCAGCCGAUUUCUUCAAAUGUUCUCAUCAAUAAUCACUUCAUUAGAUUUGAGAAGCUUCAUGUCAUCGCCCCGACCAGCCGGGCGUCGAUCAAUGUGGCGAUAAGCCCUGAUCGUAUAUCCACCCAUGAUCGUCCUUUCUAACUCCUUCAAUUUAUUGGACAAAGCAAUUCCAUUGAAAAAUCAUAAUUAAUUGUAUUUUCAUUUUUCAUUAAUAAUAUUCUAUCUACACCAGUUAUAUGUGUAGAUGAGUACUCGUCGUAUCCUUGGAGUAUUCAUCUUAAUUAUUUUUCAUUUGCAUUGGCAGAAUGACGAUGUGAUUUUAGCGAGCUUUAUGCAGUGUGAUAGUCCUCGGACUCUCGACAUACACAAUACCUAUAUGCAUAUAUUAUAGGCUACUAUAUGCAUAUAUGUAUAUAUACUACCGCGCUCAAACGGGAUAGUGACAAUUUCUCGUUCAUUAAAAAAAUUCACAUGAAUAAACAUUCACACAUGCGUCUUCUCCGUAUUCACACAUUUCACCAUUUCUAAUUAAUCCUAUAGUUUCUUUUUCUCUAUAAAUAAUUAGGGCUGUUUUGAAAAAUAGUAACGCCUCGAUAAAGCACAUUAUUUUAAUGUUUUGUGAUGAAUGUUCUAUCAGUUCUCAAUGCAACGCAUUAUUCAACAUAAUUUUGAAUGUCAUUUGUAAUGAGAAUAUUAUUUCCUUCAUUCUUCAUUCAUUUUUUGGGCUCAGUCGUUGAGUUGACUCAAGAAAGUCUGAUGGACAUAUUGGUUUCAGUUGUUGAGGAAGAACCGUCACAAUAUCGUUUUUUUUUUUAUAUCAAUGUAUUGUAUUUAUUUUUUUUUAUAAAUUGUUUGUCGUCAUAUUUGCGAUUGUUAUCAAUGAUUGACCGUGCAAAAAAGCGUAGAGCUUAUGUCAAUGCGUCGUUAAGUUUUUUAUACCACAUGAGCGCACAUACAAAAUAAUAAAUUUAAAAUAAAUCAUGUAUGUAAUCCCCCCCGGAUUAUGGAUCAGUUUCAUUCACGUGUCUUAUCGUCCUUGUUCUCUCAGCUUUAAAUUAUACUCCGUAAUCAAUAGAUAAUGAUAAUAAUAGUAGUAAUAAUAAUAAUUAUAGUAAUAAUAAUAAUAAUCUUGCAUAUUUUGUAUCAUAAUUCAUUAAUUUAAAUAUUUAUAUUCAUUAUGUAUAGCGUAUUUCAAAUACGACCACUUUUCGCUCGAUCUCUCUCUCUCUCACGCUUUCUCUCGUAUUUUUUUUAUGUUUUAUUAUAAUAACUCUAUUUCGUUCAUUCUAACCUGUCUAAAUCUUCACUUUUGCCUCGUCCUAGACUAUAAUACACACAACUUCGCAUAAAUCCCCACUUGUUACAAUAUUAUUCAUAUUUCAAUGGUUUCACUUAAUGUUUUAAUGUUGAAAAGUUUUCCUUCGAAAACUAUCUCAGCAAUUUGGCCUCAAAUUUGUUUGUUAAUGAAGAAAAAGGUUUUCGUUAUGUUUUUUUUUUCUCAGUUUAAUGUUCAUGAAAUUUCUUUCUAAAAAAUAUAAAGUCUUUUUGUUUGUUUAGCACGAGUUCUCUUGAAGACACGAGUCAAGGAGA